AUGGAGGAAAUACCCGACAGUCACGCGUACGUGGAAGCGCCAAUGGAGGGCGUGGAGAUGGAAGAAACUGUGCAGGGUGUCGAUGCACCUUCUAACGAGGAUGGACACGCUUUCUCAGCACCGGAAGCGGCGGCGGAGCCAGGAUCGAGCGCCGCUGAAUACUUCGCGGCGACGGAUGCGGGUUUCCCGGCGUCCGAUGCGGCGCCAGAUGCGGCGGCCGAUGCGGGUUACCCAGCGCACGAGAGCGCGGCAGCGGCGGCGGCGGAGCUGGAAGGCGACGGAAGGGACGCGGAAGGAACGACGGCAGCGCCGACGACGGUGAUCACGGAAGAUGCGGAGAACCUUCUGGACGACAUGCUGGGAGAGUCAGAUCCUACAACUGAGCCUGCUGCCGAACCAGUUCCUGCUGAGCCUGCUCCCGUGGCUGAUGCACAAGCUGCGAUCACUGCGGUUGGUGGGGAGGUUCUUGCCGAUGCUGCCCCUGAGGUUUCUCCCCCUGCUGCGGAAACACCUGCAGAGGAAUCUGCUCCUGCAGAGGAAACGGCACCAGCGGAGGGGACAUCAGCAGGCGCGCUAGAGGGAACCGGAACUGGUGCAGAGGUGUAUGCUUUUACAGAGGAACCUGUUGCUGCAGAGGAAUCUGCUCCUGCAGAGGAGAGCCAACCGCAGGGUGGUAACCAGGAGUCUGUUCCGCCAGUGGGGGACGCACAGGGGGAGGCGGAAGCGGCUCCGCCAGUAGAGGGGAUGGGUAUGGAUGUGAAGCAUGGUGAUGGGAGUGGUGCGUACGGGCAGCAGGAGCAGGGGCAGCCUAUAACGAGUAUGGGCCUGGAUGUAAAGGUGGGAGAGGGAGGCCUGGAAGGGGGGCAGGUGGUGGGGGGAGAGGGGGAGGUGAUGGGGGAGGGAGGGCAAGUGGUGGGGGGAGAGGGGGAGGUUAUGGGGGAGGGAGGACAAGGGGAGGGAGAGCAUAUGGGAGAGCAUAUAGAUGAGCAGGAGGGGGAUGAAGUGCUACGGCUUCGGAUGGGUAUGGAUGUGAAACAUGAUGGGGAAACAGCGGAAGAGGCGCAGGUGGUGGGGGGAGAGGGGCAGGUGGCAGGGGGCGAGAUGACGCAUGAAGGGGAGAUGGUGCAGGGGGGAACGGGCGAGCAGGGGGGAGUGGGGGGAGAUGCCCAAUACGAGCAGCAGGUUGGCGCAGUGGGCAGCGCGGGCGGGGAGCACGGGGAGCAUGGGGAGCAUGGGGGGCAGCCGCAUGAAGGGGAGGCGCAGGCGGGGGGGAGAGCAUGGGGGCCAUGGGGGGGAGGUGCAUGCAGGGGGGGAGCAUAUGGUGCAAGAGUAUGCAGCGCAGGAGCAUGGGGGUGGGGAGUACGGGGCACAGGGGUAUGUGGGGGAGGCUUAUGCGGGGCAGCAGCAAGAGGGGGAGGCUUAUGCGGGGCAGCAGCAGCAGGAGGGGCAGGAGGUAAUGAAGGGAUGGGGAUGGGUAAUGAAGGGUACGCUCAGGGGGAACAGGGGGAGCCGCAGGGUGGGUACACGGGAGAGCAGGGCCAGGCACAUGAGGGGUACGGGCAAGAGGGGGCGCAUGCAUAUGUGGUUGGUGGGGAGGCUGGAGGGUAUGCGGAAGGGCAGACGGGGGGACACGUGGAGGGGCAGACGGGGGGACACGUGGAGGGGCAGACGGGGGGACACGUGGAGGGGCAGACGGGGGGACACGUGGAGGGGCAGACGGGGGGGACACGUGGAGGGACAGAUGGAAGGACACAUCUGAUUCUGAUGCAGCAGCAGCUGCCGCAGCCGCCGCCCGGGCCGGCAGUGGGCAACCUGAUGAUGCUGCCCAUGCUGCUGGAUCAGAUCGAAGCACACAUCCUGUUCUAUGGACGCAUCUUUCGCAAGGAGCCUUUGGAGGAGGAGCUGCGGAAUCUCGUCUUUGCCUCCAUGCCCUCAGACCUAGGCACGCCAGAGCAUGAGCACUGGCUCGAGGUGGUGGAGGCUUGGGGGGGGGGCGCAAGCGCAUGCCAGAGCACGCCCUAUGCUUACAGCAAUCUGUCCCACUCCUUCCCAUACAUUCGCACUCAUUCCCACUCCCUCCAACCAGACCUAGGCACACCAGAGCAUGAGCGCUGGCUUGAAGUGGUGGAGGCUUGGGAGGAGCGCAAGCGCAUGAUUGGCUACCAAGCCUCGGGCGGCCGAGGCAGGGGGAGAGGUCGGGGCCGAGGUAGGGGGAGGGGCAGGGGGCGGGGGAGGGGGAGGGGGAGAAGGGGCGCGUAUGCUGCCCAUGGGGGGGGAUAUGGGGGCAGGGGGGAAUACCCGGGGGAAGAAGGGGAGGAGGGGUAUUACGCAGGGAACGGGAUGGGGGCAGGGGGGAUGAGGAGAGGGGGAGUGUGGGAUUCGGAGGGAAUGGAAGGGGAAGAGGGUAAUCCAGGGGAAAUCGACGGGGAAAUUCCCCACAGAAAAUACCGAGUCGGGCCUAGAAUCCCUGCAGAAGCGCAGAAAUUGGGGGCGGUUUUGGGGAGGGCGGCGUGGGGGAAAGUGGAGGAAGAAGAGGCGAGGGAGUAUCUGUUGGGUUUGGCCCCGGAUAGGGCGAUUGCAGAGGAAGCUGCUGGGAGGGCGGCUGCUGCUGCUGCGGUGGCUGGGAAGCAUGCCGCUGCUGCUCUUGGGUUGGUGUGUGUGGAUGGGGCGAAGGGGAAGGGAGGAGAGGAGAAGAAGGAUGAGGAGCUCUAUGAGGUGGACAACUGCCACGUGGAGGCUGACAGCUCAGCAGGGAAGCUGGCUGCGCAGGCAUUGGCUGCUGCUGCUGUUGCUCGCAGCGAGGAGGGGAGGGAGUGGAGGGAGGGGGGCGGGGGAGGAAGGGGGAGAGGAGGGAGGAAGGGGGAGAAAGGAGGGGUGAAGUAUGUACUUGCGCUGCAGGUUAAGCCGAGGAGGGUUAGGAGGACGGCUAGGGAGCUUGGGAAGAUGGGAGAUGGGGUGUGGGAGGAGGAGGAGGAUGAGGAGGAAGUAGAGGGGUUGGAGGGGGUGCAGGGGGCUUCUCCUAUGGACGAAUCAGGAGCUGCCACGUGGACGGAGGAGGAAGGGUUUGGGGGAGGGGGAGGAGGUUCGGGGGGGAGGGGAGGAAUAGGGGGAGGGAUAGGGGGAGGAGUAGGGGGAGGGAUGGGGGGAGUGGUAGGCGGAGGGGUGAGCCCUGUGGCGUUUCAGGGGUAUGAGGGGACGCCUGGGGGAAGGGGAAGCGGAAGGGGGAGGGGGAGGGGGAGGGGGAGAGGCAGGGGGAGGGGCAGGGGCAGGGGGAGGGGGAGGGGGCGUGGGCGCAAGUCAGUCUGGGACGAAGGGGAGGAUGAGGGGGAGGAAGGGGGGGAGUGGCGGGUGGGGAAGAGGUCGCGGGGGGAGAUGGAGGGCGGGGGGGGAGUAUGGGGAAGAGGAAGGGGAGGAGGAGGCGGAGGAGGAGGAGGGGGGACAGACUCUGCGACACAAGUUCACUGUGGGGUCCUUUGUAGAGGUAUGUACGGGGCAUGGCAUGGCACAUAUGGUAUGGCAUGUAUGGGGCAUGGCACGAAUGGUAUGGCAUGUAUGGGGCAUGGCACGUGUGGUAUGGCAUGUAUGGGGCAUGGCACGUAUGGUAUGGCAUGUAUGGGGCAUGGCACGUAUGGUAUGGCAUGUAUGGGGCAUGGCACGUAUGGUAUGGCAUGUAUGGGGCAUGGCACGUAUGGUGGCAUCCAACGAGGAGGGCGUGAGGGGCAGCUGGUUCACCACGGGCACGGUGCUGCAGAUUGUGGGCAACUCACCGUGGCGUCCAACGAGGAGGGGCUGAGGGGAAGCUGGUUCACAGGCACGGUGCUGCAGAUUGUGGGGAACCGGGCGUUGGUGCGAUACGACGAGCUGCUGGAUGACGAUGCUUGGUUCACGGGCACGGUGCUGCAGAUUGUGGGCAGCCGGGCGUUGGUGCGAUACGGCGAGCUGCUGGACGAUGAUGGUGAGUGCGUGACACAUGACGUGCUGAUCACGCUCUUGCACUUCCCCCCAGAGGGGAAGGGCCAGCAGCCUGAGAGGCGGCAGAAUCCCGUUUCUUCCUCUUCUCCCACCCACCCUCCCCACCUCUCUCCAUGCACGCACCAACUAGAGGAGUGGGUGGGGCUCGUCCCGCCCUCCCCUUCUGCAAGCAACGCCUCUCGCUUCGUCUCGUGCGUACCUUCAGCCCAACAGGGGAAGGGCCAGCAGCCUGAGAGGCGGCUGAAUCCCGUUUCUUCCUCUUCUCCCACCCACCCUCCCCACCUCUCUCCAGGCACGCAUCAGCUAGCUGGAGGAGUGGGUGGGGCUCGUCCCGCCCUCCUCUGCAGGCGACGCAGAGGAAGGGCGCGCAGCCUGAGAGGCGGCUGUACGCACCAGUUGGAGGAGUGGGUGGGGCUGGUCCUGCCCUCGCCUGCUGCAAGUGACGCUUCCCGCUUCGUCUCUGCGUACCUUCGGCCCCCCAGAGGAAGGGCGCGCAGCCGGAGAGGCACCCACCAGUUGGAGGAGUGGGUGGGGCUGGUCCCGCCCUCCCCCUCUGCAAGCGACUCCUCUCGCUUCGUCUCUGGCGUGCCGACAGCUCCCCAGAGGAAGGGCGCGCAGCCGGAGAGGCGGCUGAGGCCCGGGAGGGAGAGGGGGAGGCGGCGGAGGGUGGCGAUGGGGCGCGUGUGGGCCGUGGGGGACAGAGUCGACGCAUGGGUGGACGACGGGUGGUGGGAGGGGGUCGUCACGGCAGUGGACGCACAGGGACCCAAAAUCACAGGCUUCACUGUGGAGUUUCCAGGGUACGGGGAGAUGGGGCAGAAGCAGGUGCGGCCGUGGGGGUUACGCCCGUCAAUGGUGUAUGACACACAGGGCCACCUCUGGCACCUCGUCAAGAUCAGGGGCGCGUCGCUUGCUGCUUACUGCCACUCCUCUCUUCCCUCUCUCCCCUUCCUGCUCCCAACCCUUCCCGUUGCCGCUGCUUCUCCCCCUGCUCUCCCCCUGCUCCUCCCCCUGCUCCUCUUCCCCGCCCCCCCUUCUCCCCUUGGCUAG